GUUUUCUUCAUAGCAUCAUGAAUUAUUCGACACCGUGGGCAAUAAAUGACAUCCAUCUCCCGCUCCAACAGCUUGAGGAACGCCACUUUGUUGCCGCCGCUCAGAGUUUCAUGCCAGCAAACAUUCACAAAGGUAUUGUUCUAAUCAACUACAGCUAUCUUGCGCGUGUUGUGGAAGCAUGAGUCAACAGGGUGGAGAGACUAAACCUGCGCAAACAUAUCGCAUCACGUCGAGAAGAACACAAUUUCCCAGUAUAUCUAACUACAACAUUUCCUCUUUCAUGUUUCAUUUACGCCGAUUUUUCUCUCCCAAUGCAACCGAUAUAACAGCACUUCUACAACAGACCAUUGUUCCACUGAGCACCUUGCAGUCAUGGCUUCAACAGCGAAUAUUUUCAGCAUUUUUCCAAAGUUUACCCCGGGGUCUAAGAUUGAGGAUAUGGAGAGCAGCUGUACAGCCUGCCAUUCCAGGUGCACAUUCCUUCACCUAGGGGCUUUACUCAG